UGCUGAAGCUGGAGCGUCGGCCUGGACUGCAAGGCGACGUGCACUGAACUUGUAACUCAGGAACCAGAGGGACUGAAGAAGAGGCAAAGGAGCGCUUCUUCCCCCCACUCCCAGCCCCAGCCUCAGAGGAUGCGGCUCCUCGGGAAACUCCGCGCUUCGGCCACAGGCCGCGCGGCUCUGGAGCCUGCCUUCUCCAAUGUGCUCACUCCGGACCGCAUCCCCGAGUUCUGUAUCCCGCCGCGGCUGCCCGCGCCCUGCUCGGCCGUGUCCUCGCCCCCGGCCGUCGCCCUGCCCCGGCGGUGCGCUGCAGAGCCGGACCUUUGGUCUCGAGGAGCCUACGACGGCGCGGGGCGCACGGACUGGGACCCACGCUCGCAGGCCGCGCUCUCGCUGCCGCACCUGCCCCGGGCGCGCACCGCCUACGGCUUCUGCGCGUUGCUCGAGAGCCCGCACACCCGCCGCAAGGAGUCGCUCUUCCUCGGGGGCCCGGGGACCGCCCCGCUCCUGCCCGCGCCCCGCCCCCGGGCCCGCACCUACGGCGGCGGCGGCGGCGGCGGAGACGCCCCCCUUGCGCCCCCGGGAAGAGCCCCUGCUGCGCCUGCCGCGGCCCGCGGCGGCCCCCGCCCGCCCCCGGAUGCGCUCGCCCCGCGGCCCCGCGGCCGCCGCCUCCUGCGUGCUCCCGAGGGGCUGCUGCGCCGCGCACUGCGGGCCGGGAGGAGCCGAGGCCUGGCCCGCGCCCGCUCCGUCUCCAGCGGGGACGGGGAUGAUGACGACGACGAAGGGCGCCGCGCCGGCUCCUGGUCCCCGGCCCGGGCCCCCGCCACGUCCCCUCCGCCGCCCCCCGACCCGCGGCCCGAGCGCCUGGAGGCCGAGGGCACCGUGACUCUGGACCGCACAGGCGGCGCCCUGCGCCUGGCCGUCGAGUACAGUCGGGACAGCGGGCGCCUCCGCGUCCGGCUGCUCCGCACCGAGGGCCCGGCCGGAGGGGCCGCCGAGCCCCGCGCCCCCGUCGGCUGCCGCGUCAGCUUCGUCCUGCAGCCGCCGGGCCAGACGCGCCGGCCGCGGGGCGCCGUGGUCCGGCGGAGCCGCCGGGCGGUCUUGGAGCAGGACUUGUGCUUGGACGGGCUCUCGGAGGACGAGGUGCGCCGCCUGGCCGUGCGCGUCAAGGCCGAGAACCGGGGCCGCGGGCUGGAGCGGGGCCGCCUGCUGGGCCAGGGCGAGCUGCUGCUGGGCCCCCUCCUGCUCCUCUGAGGGCGCGCCCUGCCCCUGGGGCCUCUCGAACACUGCCAGCCGCUUUGUACCAAAUAAAUGUUAUUUAUUCGUUUUUCUAA